UGGGACCAGAGAACUUGCAGUCUGAACCUGGGUUCAAUUCGACAUUGAUACUAAGUUCGAAGCAGCAACAGGACAUUGUGCUGAUAUUGACGCUGGUGUCGCUAGGGGCUCUUUUAUUCACAUCCACACGUUCAAGAGGAUCCGGGACGGGGGGACCAGACAAAAGAAAAAGAACUUGGUGAAGCGCGAGCAAAACUCCUGGAAUGCGCGCGGCCCGUUCAUUUGCCAAACACUAUCACAUUGCUCCAAUUGGAAUGGUUCGAUAAUGGCGUCCGAGUCAUUGACGAAGGGUUGUCGCCGUCCAGAGUGUAAACACCCUGGACCUGCCUGUCCACCGAGUAGGAACAGAGUCCCGUUACUUCAACAUCCCCACUCUCAUUUGCUCGUGCAGCGACAAGACUAUAAUGCGGCGCUUUCAUCCCUGGAACAAUAAGGAAGGGAUGGCCGGAAGAAGAGAAGGCACUCGGGACAAAUUGACUGAAGGAGUGUUUAGCUAUCAGUGCAAAAGCGAAACCAGCAAGAGAGGCGAAUCAAUAUCGGUUGGUCGGAACUAUCCGCCCGCUACGAGGAUCCAGAUCGUUAACCAUGAUAAGGAUGUAUUCAUACCCAUCAAGAAUCAUUGCGCAAUUCAAGUACUCGAAACAGAGAUCCAAUACCCCCAGUCCGAGCUUCUUUUCCAACAAAUGCUAGUCCCCUGCCCUGUAGCUCUCGUUCCGCGCUGGGAGCAGGGACCUUUCGGUAAAGGUCUCUAUAACCACGUCAAAUUCGGACUCAGACACGGGCAAUCAGUAGAAGCACGAGCCCACGCCAAGUUCAACGUGCAAACCAGAAACAGAACGGCUAGGCACGAGCCUACCCGUCCAGAAACCGAGCCGGAGGGGGUAGUCAAAGGCGAUGGGGACAGCCCCACUCUAAUUCCCGUUAAUGACUAUCUCCGAUCUGUUAAGAAGUGUAGCUCGAGUCGGGGUUCGGCCUGCCUGAAACAUCGAUGCAAUAGACACGAUAGUUGGUCCAUCCAAAGUAAUACAUACCCAUGUAAAUGGAGAAAACAAGGGCCGGGAAGUAAGGGGUUUAUGCUGGGGACCCAUUGACAGGAAUCCAAGGCAAGGCGACAGCCUCGAUAAAC